AUGAGUAACAACGACUCAGACAGGUGCUACAAAUGCAACGAAAAAGGACAUUUUGCCAGGAAUUGCCCUACCCAAAUUCAGGAGGCCGUCCGACGAGGAGGUGGGGGAGAUUGUUUUAAUUGCGGGCAGUCGGGCCAUUUUGCACGAGAGUGUCCAAACCAGCGUGGUGGUGGGCGCUAUUAUGGUGGACGCGGUGGUGGACGUUCUGGCCAGAGCGAAUGCUAUCAGUGCGGUGGUUUUGGACAUUUUGCUCGAGAAUGUCCUACGGAACGUCGCGUUGGUGGUGGUGGGAGUCAGAAAUGCUAUAAUUGUGGUAGAUUUGGCCACAUUUCCCGUGAUUGCCCGGAUUUUGGUUCAGAUCAAUCGAAACGAUGUUAUAAUUGUCAGCAGAUAGGGCAUAUCAGUCGUGAAUGUCCACGCAGUGACCGCAGUGAUUAA